GGGUUUAGCGUCUCUGCCUUCUGACCGAUGUCGUCAGGCUUAAUGUAUCUGGUACCUAUCCCACCGACGUCACUUUGUUGUAUACUAUUUCUUUCAUCUUUUUGAGAGUAUCAUGACAAAUCGGGUCAUAGGUUACGAAAUUGUUGUAUGCACAGGGCCGAUUAAUACCCCUAGAUCUCGUUCAAGUUCGCCUCCUUAGAGAUCGAGCUGCUUUAUUUAACCGAUACCCUUCGUAUCUUUCAAAAUGAGUUUCCUUCGGGGUAUACAGAGGACUGUUACCUCUUCAUCACGACUCGCUGUGAGAUCCAAUUUUCAAAGAACCAGCCUGCCACUCGUCAUGACGCGAUUAGCAUCUAGUAGAGCACCAAAGCUCAACGACCCCUCACUCUUCAAAACCGAUGUUUGUUAUGUGAAUGGAGAAUGGGUUAAGGCCGCAUCGGGAAAAACCUUUGAGGUAUUUGAUCCUGCUACGGGUGAGCUCGUCGGCACCUCUCCCGAGUUCACCGGUAAGGAUACCGAAACAGCUAUCGCCGCAGCUGCAGCGGCAUUUCCUAGCUUCCGGACAAAGACAGGUCGGGAAAAGGCGAGACUACUCCGCAAAUGGUACGAUUUGAUGGUCGAAAAUGCAGACGACCUCGCUAAGUUGAUAACAUGGGAAAAUGGCAAGCCACUUGCGGAUGCGAAGGGGGAGGUAACCUACGCUGCAAGCUUCUUCGAGUGGUUUAGCGAGGAGGCACCAAGAACAUACGGCGACUCGAUACCAGCUACGGUGCCAGGUAACAGGGUUCUAACUAUUAAGCAACCUGUCGGUGUUUGUGGUCUAAUUACGCCGUGGAACUUCCCUGCUGCGAUGGUUACACGAAAGUUGGGUCCCGCUUUGGCAGCUGGCUGCACAGUUGUUGUCAAGACGCCGGGGGAGACACCUUUUACCGCUUUAGCCUUGGCCGAAUUGGCGCAUAGGGCUGGAAUACCGAAAGGUGUUGUUAACUUUGUGACGACCUUGGCGAAUACGCCUGAAGUUGGGGAGACGCUGGCGACUCACCCCGUCGUACGGAAAGUGUCUUUUACAGGAUCGACCAAUGUGGGAAGACUUCUCAUGAAACAAGCCUCUCCAACAUUGAAGGUUUUGUCGAUGGAACUUGGUGGCAAUGCACCGUUUAUCGCAUUUGAUGACGCAGAUGUGGAUGCAGCUGUUGCAGGCGCGGUCGCCUCUAAAUUCCGCUCAUCCGGACAAACAUGCGUGUGCGCCAAUAGGAUAUACGUGCAAGAGGGUAUCUACGACGAAUUUGCGAAGAAGUUCGCCGAAAAGGUCAAGGCCUUCAAGGUAGGUAAUGGGUUUGAUGAAGGCAUUACACAUGGACCCUUGAUCCAUGACCGGGCCAUUUCUAAAGUUGCUGCCCAUAUCAAAGAUGCUGAGAAGAAGGGUGCUAAGGUGGUUCUUGGUGGACAGAAGUUGCCGGACCUGGGAUCUAACUUCUAUCAACCUACUGUUAUCACGGGUAUGACGAAGGACAUGGCCAUUGCGUGCGAAGAGACCUUUGGACCUGUAGCUGGAUUGUUCCCAUUCAAAACGGAACAAGAAGUUGUGGAUCUAGCAAAUACUGCUGAAGUUGGUCUGGCAGGUUACUUCUUCUCGCGAGACCUGGAGCGAAUUACUAGAGUAGCCGAGGCUCUGGAAGUCGGUAUGGUGGGCAUCAACACCGGCAUAAUCUCCGAUACUGCUUCACCUUUCGGAGGUGUGAAGCAAUCUGGAUUCGGCAGAGAAGGAUCUAAGUAUGGUAUUGAGGAGUACUUGAAUAUCAAGACGAUAACAUGGGGAGGCAUGAACAAGCCAUUGCAAAGCUAGGUGAUGUUUAACUACAUGAUUAAUAAGGCCGGCGUUUCAUGUCAUUAAAAAGGGAUCUUAGAUGACUUUAUGAAUUUGAAUCAUUGAAGAAAUAAAAUGAAGCUCGCUGUCAUGGAAAUUAUAAAUGUCUCUAAAGGGACUUAUGCUUGUAUCCAUGAUAUAACUAUAUUUGACUAGCGUAUACAAUUCAACAAACCG